AUGUCUGGUCUGGGGGUAUCGAGCUUGUUCUCCGGUCCGGAGGUUCUGGAGGACCCGGGUCACGCCUCGUCGCUUCUAGCACAGCUGAAAUCGUUCUAUGACUCUCAGCUGCUGUGCGAUGUCACCCUCCGUGUGUUGGGAGGGGGCCCUGAGGAGCCGGAGAGCAGCCGCAGCUUCCUGUGUAACCGCAAUGUGCUGUCUGCGGCCUGCCCGUACUUCAAGAGCAUGUUCACCGGGGGUCUGUAUGAGAGCAAGCAGCAGGAGGUCACCCUGCACGAUGUCAGCCCGGAGUCCAUGGCUCUGAUCAUUGAAUACUGCUACACAGGCCGAGUCACUGUCACCGAGGCCAACGUCCAGCGCCUCUACGCCGCCGCCGAUAUGCUGCAACUGGAAUACGUGCGGCAAGCCUGCGCCAACUACCUCGCCCGCCGCCUCGACCUCCACAACUGUGCCAGCAUCCUCCGCUUCGCAGAUGCCUUUGAUCACCCUGAACUUCGGGGGCGCUCUCUCGCCUUCAUGGCGCGCCAUUUCGAGCAGCUCGCCGUUGGAGACGAACUAUGUGAGCUGAGUUUGGCGCAGCUGAAAGCGGUCCUGAGCAUGGACAACCUGGACGUCUGCAGCGAAAGAGUGGUGUGCAACGCUGCCCUGCGCUGGCUUGAGGCCAAUCCCAAGGAGGUGGGUGAUGGGUGGCAGGAGGUCCUAGCCUGUGUCCGCUGGCAGCACUUCACAGAGAAGGACCAGGUGUAUCUGGAGAGCCUCAGAUCCAAGCCAUUGGUGCGCAAACAGUGCUUGCAGUAUCUGGACAACAUCCUACCAGGCAAGGAGGAUAAACAUGCCACCUGUGUGCUGCCAUGCCAGGAGAGCAGUCCACUCCGCAGAAUUGGCAUGAUAGCCAAGGAAAUGGUCAUCUUCUUUGGUCACCGUAAGGAACCCUUCUUGUGCUAUGACCCUUAUUCAGGUGACAUUUACACCAUGCCUUCUCCACUCACCAACCUAGCACAUGGCAAAGCAGUAACGUCUUCUGCCGUAUGUGUCUCUCCAGAGAACGACUUGUACUUGGCUACUCAACCUAUGAAGCAGCUUUGGGUUUAUAGCCCUGUCCAGAACAGCUGGCAACUCCUAGCAGAAAGGCUGCUGUGCCGAGAAGGCAUGGAUGUGGCUUACCUCAAUGGUUACGUCUAUAUUGUAGGUGGACGUGACCCAUCUACCGGUGCCAAGAUCAAAGAUGUGGAGUGCUACAGUGUGCAGAGGAAUCAGUGGGCGCUGGUUGCUCCGGUGCCUCAUUCUUUUUAUGCCUUUGAACUGGUGACCUGUAAUGACCAUUUGUAUGCUAUCAGUAACAAAAGAAUGUUGUGCUAUGACCCUUCUUGUAACCAGUGGCUCAACUGUGCCUCUUUAAAGCGAUGUGACUUCCAGGAAGCCUGUGUCUUCAAUGAUGAAAUCUACUGCAUAUGUGACAUUCCUAUGGUGAAGGCCUACAAUCCAGCCAGGGGAGAGUGGCGGCGGAUCAGCCCCAUACCAGCUGAGGGUAAUACCAACAAUUACCAGAUUGUAAGACAUGGUUCCAAACUUCUACUUAUUACUACCACCAUUGUUCAGUGGAAGAAGAACCGCGUGACUGUUCAUGAGUAUGAUGUGACUAACGAUCGCUGGGUGAAUAUCGGUACCAUGUUAGGUCUUCUUCAUUAUGACACAGGCUUCAUUUCCCUUUCUGCCCGUGUGUACCCAUCUUGCUUGGAGCCAGGGCAAAGCUUCAUCACCGAGGAGGAAGAUGUACGCAGCGAGUCGAGUACUGAUUGGAUGGAUGGCUUUAGUGAGCUAGACUCUGAAUCAGACAGCCUCAGCUCAUUUUCAGAGGAUGAGUGGCCAAGAGUGGCAGUGGUAAGACCACCGCGGAUUUAUAUUGAUGACUCGUUCUAA